CAUGGUGUUCCUCGCCAGAGCAAAAAGGCGGUUGAGAACGUCGAACAAAAGCAGCAAGAGAUUCAAAAGUAUCGCGAUCUAGACCGCUCAGUGCAAGAUAAAAUUGCGGGGCGUUGUUUCACACCGGAAACCUUGCAACAAAUUUCUGAACUGCUGAAAGAAAACCCCGAGUAUUAUUCAGUAUGGAACUAUCGACGAUUAAUCCGUCAACACGAGUUUCCUGUAGCUGCGCCUUCAGACCAACCCGGCAUUGACCAAGUUGCCGCCAUCAUCAAGUCGGACCUGGAGUUUCUCUUUCCUCUUUUGAGAUCUUUUCCAAAAUGCUAUUGGAUUUGGAACUACCGUUUAUGGAUCCUAGAUGAAGCCAAACGUCUAUUGCCUAGACCAAUAGCGCAUGAAUUCUGGCAGAAAGAGCUGGCCCUCGUUGGCAAAAUGCUCAGCGUGGAUAGCCGAAAUUUCCAUGGCUGGGGCUAUAGGCGCCAUGUGAUAACGGAAUUAGAAAACUUCAGUGCCGACGAGGACAGUGUGAAACAGAUGACACAAGCAGAAGUUUAUUAUACGACGAAGAUGAUUGGAGCCAAUCUUUCGAAUUUUUCAGCUUGGCACAAUAGAACAAAACUUAUACAAAAGCUUCUCGAUGAGAAGAAAGCAACGGAUGAGGAGCGGAAGAAGGUCUUAGAUGAAGAACUGGCGCUUUCCCAUAAAGCUCUCAUUGACCCAUACGAUCAGUCAUUAUGGUUCUAUCACCAAACUUUGAUGUGUGUGUUUGAUCCGUCGCUGGCAGCGCGCACGAUGGCACCAAACCUGUCCAACUCUCAGCGUUUGGAAUACGUUGAAAACGAAAAGGAGGAGAUCAAAGAUAUAUUGGAUGAGUGCACAGACUGCAAAUGGAUAUACCAAGCUUUGGUCGAGUGCAACUUGAUUACCGCAAAGAUAAAAGGGGCUAUGCCCGACGAUGAUCGGUCCGAGGUCCUGGAGUGGCUUGGGGUUUUGAUCAAGCUGGAUCCAUUGAGACGUGGCCGUUGGAAUGAUAUUGAAAAGUCUCUUGGGGAAUACGAAUGA